AUGACAGUUUCGGGGUUGCUGUGGAAUUGUUUCCUGCUGAUGCUGCUUCUUGGUGUGCUGAAAGCUGCACUCUCAUUUUAUUGGCCCUCGAUCGGUGAGUGGAGAUAUGACGAUUUACAUCCAUCCCUUCGGUAUCACGAAUCGUGCAGAGUGAAGCAACUGUCCGUAAACGCUGUCUUUUUCAUCGUCUAUCCCUGUGUGCUUUGCUACCGUUGGAAAACCUCCAAUCGCUGGACGCUGUGGACGGAGUGCAGUGAAACGGAGGACUUCGCACAGUACGUUGAGUAUUCGCGCGAGGAAGAGGAACUUUUGCGCCACGGUAUGAUUCGGGGACGAAUGAUAGUACAGAAAGAAAUUGUGCUGGCUGGUGGCAGGGAGGAUGAGCAACCGUGCUACAGAAAGUACGACGAUGUAGACGAUUGUGUGGUCGCAGUUGAAAAGGAGCCAUUAGAACGGCGCACUAAUCCGACAGAAUGUGAACCGUUGAACUUGUCGAGAGAUGGCGAAGGUAUGAAUAAUGAGGAAAUCCUCUUGUUGAAGUACCCUCGAGAAGAUGCACCGAAGAGGAAUGCAAUUUUUCCCAGCGGCGAAGAGGAAGGAAACGGUGAAGAAAUUAGCUUAAUUUCCCAACCUUCUAAAGCGUGUGAUGCUUCGUCGCCUGCUCUAGCCGGAGCAAAAUGGUAG